AGUGUAUAUGUCUAUGCAGCCUAUUAUAGCAAAUAAAAAUGCCUUACAUCCUCAACAUGUGACCGUCUUCUUUCCUGAUGCUCAUAUGGCCUGAUUUCCAUUCACCUCACAAUAUUGGUUGUCUUUCCCUGGACGCACUCCAGCUUGGCAAUAUCCUCCCUAAAUGUCUCUGUGAUUAGGACACAAUAAUCCAGAUGUGGUAAGAACAGGGCAAAGUACAAGAAGACUAUCACUUUUCUCUUUCUGGACCCCACGCUUCAGCUGACACAGCCUAAGAUUUCACUAGUUUUUUUAGCUGUCAUGUCACACUGUUCUGGGGCCAUCUGUAGGCUGGGACUUGAAAGAAAAGUAGAACUUAGAUAAAUUACAAAGAAUAUUCUUUCUUUCUUGAAAGGGAGAGCCUCACGGACGGACCCACUUGGGUUACAUACAUACAUACAUGUAAUAUGUAACAUUUAUUUUAACUCAUUCAAUAUCAUUAAUACCAAAUCUGAGGGACUGAAUUUUCUGAUCUGAGUGGGAUCCAAAUGAAGGGUGUGUGUGUGUGUGUUUAUGUGUGUGUGUGUGUUACAAACUUUUCCCCAUUUAAACACAUUUGCAGCAAAGAACUAGCUCCUAGUUAUUUAAUACACCUUAUGACGUUAAAUCUCUUUGUGUCUAAUGUCCUAAGGAGAAAUAAUCAUGCUGCAUAUAAUACUAUCAUGAAAGAAACUAUCCUGUGAGCCCCUCUGGAAAAAUUAAUCAUAGGGAUUGAAGGUGGAAAAAAGCUCUAAUAUUAGGUCACCUCUAGUGCUCCCCAAGGACCUAAAAGACAAGGCAAUUGCCUGCAGUAUAGUUUUCAUUGAUUUUCUACAGUCCAGUUUCAAAUACCUUUAAGAUCUCCACCACUGGGGGGGUGUGCGAUCUAAGAGUUAAAGAGUUACAAAGCUCUCCCCAUUAUAACUUUAAAAAACCCCCCAACAAAUUGUAUAGAAACAUUUUUUUUGUAAGGGUGGGGAAUAACCUCAGUCAUUACUAGAAAAGAAACACGAAUUCAACUUCAGUUGAUAUGAACAGUGUGUGUAGAAAGGGUUAAGAUUUUGUGCUGAAAAUCAGAGUUUUUGAAAGUUCUCAGGGGAGCCCAACCGUUUUGUUAUUUCGUGGACUUUGGCUCCAAGUCCAAUUGUAACUGGAUACUGGGACUCAAGUCAGUUGCCCCUUGAGUUGUGCGAAAUAGGAGAACCAAUAAGAAAAAGAAAGAAAAAAAAAGUGAGCUCAGCGAACGAGAAAGGGGGGAUGGGUGGCAGGGGGAGAGAAGAGGUAAGAGAAAAGAGAGGGGGCGGGGAGGGCCAAGUGACUAGAACAAGGAGCUGAACGAAAAUAGAAGAGAAGGGUGAGCCUGACAGAAGAGAGGGAAAGAUAAAGCGAGAGUGAGAAAUAGACAGGGGGGCAGGACCAAAGAAAGAGGAUGUGGGACUGAGGGUUUGCAGAGCUGCAAAGCUGUGUGUGACGUUGCGCCGAGGAACAUUAUCAGCAGAGGAUCCUGGCUGGGAGGAGACCUGGGAGAGUCAGAGGAGGGAGCUGCAACUAACUCCAGGACCGAUGGGUGGGUGUGCACAAGGUUGGCUGGCCAGACUCUGCUCCUCCGUUGCCGUCUCAGCUGGAUCUGAAACAGGGACUGUCGUAAGGGAAGAAUUUCCCUCCCUCUCUUGCCCUGCGUCUCCCCCAGUCCUGUGCAGCAUGAACCCCUCGCCCCGCCUCCUAGCCCACCAGCAGUAGCUAUAGCAGAGGAGCAAUCGAUUUCUUUUCUCCUGCGCACAGCGUAUUGGGGAACAUCGCCUCCACCUGCGGAACGGGUCCACGGGGACAGGGGCGUGCACGCCUCUUCCAGUCGGAUGAGGGGUUGGGAAGAGGGGGAAGGACAUGAAACCGAGCUCAGCCGUAACCACGAAAGACCCGGAGCCUCAGGCGCCCCGGGGAGAGCAGCGGGCAGUGGAGCCCGAGGGGCGCUGGCGGGACAAGGGCGAGGCGGACACUGAGCGACAGCGCACCCGGGAGCGGCUGGAGGCCACGCUGGCCGGUCUGGCGGAGCUGGAGUUCCUACGGCAGCGGCAGGAGCUGCUGGUCCGGAGCGUCCUCCGAAGUCCGGGGCUCGCAGCCGGGGCCGGGGCCGGAGCGGGAGCUGGAGCCGGGGGCGUGGCGCCGACUCGGGCCGGGGAGCUGCAGGCGCCCGGAGAAGCCUCCCAGCGCAGUCGCCUGGAGGAGAAGUACUUAGAGGAGAACAUCUUGCUGCUGAGGCAGCAGUUGAAUUGUUUGAGGAGAAGAGAUGCUGGUCUAUUAAACCAGUUGCAAGAGCUAGACAAGCAGAUAAGUGAUUUAAGGUUGGAUGUAGAAAAAACAUCAGAAGAGCAUCUGGAGACAGAUAGCCGUCCUAGCUCAGGGUUUUAUGAGCUGAGUGAUGGGGCCUCAGGAUCACUUUCCAAUUCUUCCAAUUCGGUCUUCUGUGAGUGUUUAUCCAGUUGCCAUUCCAGCACCUGCUUUUGUAGCCCUUUGGAAACAUCUUUGAAUAUCUCAGAUGGACACCCCAAAUCUGCAGAUGAGGAAACUGAAGGCCGGAGAAAUGAAGUAAUUUGCCAAAGGUCACACAAUCUCAUAGGAUGGUUGGACCACAAAGAAGGUCAGCGUGAAGAUGUUUGCCGUUCACUAUCUAUACCGCAAUCCAAUUCCCUUGAUGUCAUUGCAGAUGUGAAUCCUAAGUAUCAGUGUGAUUUGGUAUCUAAAAAUGGGAACGAUAUAUAUCGCUAUCCAAGUCCACUUCAUGCUGUAGCUGUACAGAGUCCAAUGUUUCUUCUUUCUAUGACCAACAACCCCCCAAAAGUCGAGGAACGACUUGGUAACAGUGCUAAUGAUGUUUGCACUGGCUCCGAGCUAGAUGCUGUGAAAGCAGAUAAUUCUUCUAUCCCACAAAGCAACUCCAUGUCUGUGUCCUAUCCUGUGUCCAGUAAGAAGAUAGAUGGCUACAUCUUGAGCCUAGUGCAGAAAAAAACACAUCCUGUUAGGACUAAUAAGCUGCGGACAAGCGUGAAUGCUGACCCCACAAAGGGCAUUCUUAGACAUGGGAGCAUUUGUGUCAGAGCUACUGGCGGAAUUACACACAGCAACAGUGUUAACCUUAAGAAUUCUAAACAAGCCUGUUUGCAUUCUGGUGGAACGGCCACUCUGGAGAAUGGCACAUUGUCCCCGCCGAAGCAGUGGUUGAAAGACUCAAAGGGUGAACAGCUGGAAAGCCGGAGGAUGCCUGUGUCUGUGGGCUGCCCGCCAAAUGCAGCCGCUGAUCAUCAGAGCAAGCACCUGCCAAAAAGUGUCAAGCCAGGCUCCCAGGAGUUUGCACGGUGCCCUGUUUCUGGGGCAGGGGAUUCCCCUAAAGAAAGUGGUCAGCUCUUCACUGCCUCUCCGAAAGAAAGUCCUGGCCGCAUCCCAGCUCUCCAACAGGAGAACAAAGUUGUCCAGCCAUUGAAAAAGAUGUCGCAGAAAACCAGCUCACAGGCAGCUCUGCCAGCAAUUCCUCCUGCCGCGCCGCCUCCACCGCCCCUGCCUUCCUCCCUGCCUAUUGAAGAGAGACCUGCCUUAGAUUUCAAGAGCGAGGGCUCUUCUUCCCAGAGCUUGGAGGACGGGCUUCUCGUCAAUGCUCAGUUCAUUCCGGGGCAGCAGCAAAGUAGCAAGUUACAGAGAGCUAACAAAAAUGUCAGAAUCCUGAAGAGCUCAACCCUGAAGCACAGAGCCCAUGGUCUUAAUGGGGUGGAAAGUAGCUUGCAGACAGUGAGGGAAAAAAGCAGAGUUGUGAGCAAGAAAUGUCAUUUCCCCGAUGACUUGGAUACAAAUAAGAAAUUCAAAAAAGUCUCUUCCAGAGGGAAGAAGGGUGGAAACUCCCAGGCAGAGGCUGGUCUUUCCGGCAGGGCCACAGGUGGCCUCCAUAGGCCUGUGACUAAGUUCCACGGACAUGGGCAUGGAAGAGAAGCAGUUGUGGCCAAACCGAAACACAAGCGGACCGACUAUCGGCGGUGGAAGUCAUCUGCUGAGAUUUCCUACGAAGAAGCCUUGAGAAGGGCAAGGAGGAAUCGCAGGGAACCCGUGGGAGUCUAUACCCAGGUCCCUCUUCCAUAUGUGAGCCCAUAUGCAUAUGUGGCUAGUGACUCUGAAUAUUCUGCUGAGUGUGAAUCCCUGUUCCACUCCACAGUGGUGGACACCAGUGAAGAUGAGCAGAGUAACUAUACCACCAACUGCUUCGGGGACAGUGAGUCAAGCUUGAGUGAAGUAGAGUUUGUGGGGGAGAGCACCACCACCAGUGACUCUGAAGAGAGUGGGGGCUUGGUUUGGUCUCAGUUUGUCCAGACUCUCCCUCUCCAGGCAGUGACAGCCCCAGCACUUCAUGACAGCCACACAAAGACUUUUGUAAAAAUUAAGGCCUCCCAUAAUCUCAAAAAGAAAAUCCUUCGUUUUAGGUCUGGCUCUUUAAAACUGAUGACCACAGUUUGAAGCCACUUUUUGGUAUGAAAUGUACAUGUCCUCGUUACAGAAACAAGAUGGCUCUUGUUUUUUUGUUUUGUUUCGGGUUUUUAUGCAGCUUUUCCCGUGCUUUUUUCAACAUUAAAAAAAACCCCCAACAACCUAAGGUAAAUGAUGUCACCCUCAUACCACGUGUGAGUGCCUUUAAGUGGAAAAUAAAGAAUGUCACACUAGGAAGGAAUAAAAAGACUACAGUGUUCAUGGUGGUAACAUUGAAUGUUUAGUAUCAGGUGACUUUAUUUUAAAUGUUCUGAUUCAUCAGUGUAAGAGUAGAUGUUCUUCAUCUGACUCUUUUAACUCGACUCUUCUCCUAGGCAUGUUUUUUAUAGCAAGGAUAGAACUUAAUGAAUUUUGUUUUCCCCUUGAUUAUUUUUUGGGGGGUUGGGAGAAAGAGGAGAAAUGUCUGAACCCAUGAUGAGUUCCACUAAGGAAGUUCCUUUCUCCCAAUGCAGAUGAUCAGUCUUAGAGAGUUAGUUGCCUGGGAGACUGAAAGAUUUAGUGAUUUACCCAGGAUCAUACAGGCAGGAUGUGUCAGAGAUCUGAAUUUGAACCAAUGUCUUCCUGGCUCCCAAGUCCAGCUUUCUAUGCCCUUUGAUUCUUUAGGGCAAUGGUCUUCAUGAGAAGUUUCCUGAGGGUCACACUCAAGUGUGUGAAGAAGUAAAAAAUAAAUUAUUGUUUCAUAUCAUUUUUCCUGCCUGUGUCAUUUGUGACAUUUAUUUCUCAGGCAAUUUUCCCUUCUUUAUUACUUCUCUUUGUCUACCUGCUUUUCUUGACCCAGAUCCUUUACACUAGAAGUAAAUGACCGAGAAGAGGUAGAAACUUCAUGAUAGGGAUGUAUAUGAUGAAAAAAGGGAAGAUAAAGGGCUACAGGAAAAGGACCACUUCAAAACUACAAAGACUGGAGUGUGGAAAACACUUUUCUAGGGCCAUAAACUAGGAGUGGAUUCCUUCCAUUCUAAUCUCUAUAUCCGACUAUGGUGUCCUGGAAUGACUUGCCCGUGGGGUCAGAUUUUCUACUAGGAUUCAUAGUGGUAUCAUUACCAUAGAAAUAAAUAGCUUCUCCCUUGGGAGUAUGAAUCCAAAGCCAUAACUGGGUCCUAUAUAUGCUCAUUCAAGGUGUCUAAUCAUCUUGACAGUCUAGAUCCUGAACAUAUUAGUGCAAUCCCUUACAGAGUGAGCCAUAGGUCCCUCUGGGAAGGGUUUAUUUACUAUUUAGUAAACAGUAUUGUGUAAAAUUGCUUUUUAUCAACAUGUAUGUCAUGUGCAAAAGUAGUCAUUGUUUUAAAUAUUCUUAUUGAUGUCAACUUUUCUGUAUAAUAUAAGCAGUAUGUUUUUAUAUCUCAUUGUAUAAAUUAAUACAACACAU